UUGUCAGAGUGCUCUGUGUAUUGUGCAUGUCCUGUAGGCUCCUGUAAUGAAAUGAUACAUAUGUGGAACUUCUUUCAUGUAAAGCCGUCCAGCUGGGUGUUUUACGCUCCAGGUACCCUGCUUUGCUCUAACAGAAUUCAGCAGUGCCUCCUCUGCUUGAACAGAGGAAGCCUAUUGGCUGUCGUAAUUUGCAAAGGAUUAAAUGGGAGAGGAGCCAAAGUUUGUCUGUCUUUUCUGCCAAGGUCUGUAUCAGAUUUAAGACACAUGCUUCCUUGAAGGUUGCGAAGAAAGUUGGACUACGAAUCUGGAUUACUGUUUUUUCCCUGCUAAAAAUACCAAUUUCUCACUUGCAUGACGGAAAAAUACUGUAGCAAUCAGGGGAGAUAAACUGCCACUAGAUUUCUGCGGAAAGAGAGAAGAUUCUCAAGAAACUCCCACUUAUUUUGUUUUAGACAUUUGCCCCUGCGUCAUCUGCCAUUUUCACUCUCUGAAAGAGAAAACCACGGGAAUCUACACACUUUCUCUCCCCUCGAUUAUUGGGUUGCUUCCUGCACUGUUCCCCUUACUCAACAUGUACAUUAAAAUGGGCAUUGGCAGCUGUAUCCUAUCCAGUGUUUAACUGCUGGCAACGCGCUGUACCAAUAUGAUUAGACCGUGGGCCAUUGCAAACCUUUUAGUGUUUUCUUUGCAUCUUCUUCAGGGAUUUGACAAUGAGAAUAUGAAGGGGGCAUCCCAGACUGAGCUGGAGCAGAAAAUCAGAUCUGCUGCAAAUCUCGAGGAGUUUCUUCGAAUAACUCAUCCCAGGGAACUGAAACUUUGGAGAUGCAGAUCAAAGCUUAAAUCUUACAUUGGCUCAGAUUCCAGGUCUGCUUCUCAUCGCUCAACACGAUUUGCAGCUGCUUUCUAUGACAUUGAAAUAUUAAAGGUUAUAGAUGAGGAAUGGCAGAAGACUCAGUGUAUUCCCAGGGAAACUUGCGUGGAUGUUGGGAAGGACCUGGGCACCUCAACCAACACCUUUUUUAAGCCUCCCUGUGUAUCUGUGUUUAGAUGUGGAGGCUGCUGCAAUGAAGAAGGAAUCUCAUGUGUAAAUACCAGCACUUCAUAUAUAUUCAAGACGCUCUUUGAAAUCUCAGUUCCAUUAACUCAAGCACCAGAGCCUGUAACUAUCAAAAUAGCCAAUCACACAAGCUGCAAAUGCACACCGAGUUCUCCGCGGCUCUCGAAGGCCAUCAUACGAAGAUCUGUCCACUAUCCAGAAUACGGUUGCUACCAGGAAGAUACAAGCUGCCAGAAUGGAUGGCAGUGGGAUAGCAACCUGUGUGUGUGUGUGCCGCAAAGGGAGCCAACAAUCAAUAGAAGAAGGGAAGAACUUGCAAUCUGUGGGGCCCACAUGGAAUUUGAAGACAACUGUGAGUGUGUGUGCAAGCGCAAGUGUCCCAGCAUACACCAUGUUCUGAACCAAGAGAGCUGCCUGUGCGAAUGCAAGGAAACACUAGAAAGCUGCUACAAGAAACAGAAAAUAUUUUUCCCUGAUACCUGCAGUUGUGAAGACACGUGUCCAUUCCAAAUAAAAGAAUGCCCCAAUGGGAAACAAGUAUGUGCAAAAUAUUUUCAGUGUCCCAGAGAGAGAAGAGGAACAUCUUGACUCCCAAGCAGAUAAAGCCCCUGAGCAAGAGUACAAAUCAUGCUGCUUUGCAAGGUCUAGCUAUUUGACCCUAUCAGUGUUUGGACAUUUAAGUGCACACAUAUGCAACCACUGAGAAGUUCAUUUGCCCUUACUACUCACUGCUUCUGUGAUGGAAAGGAUCCUUAACAUUUAGGCAACUGAAGAAAAACAGGAGGUCACCAAAGAAACCCGGUGCUGAUUCCAGAGAGAGAACAGACCAUGUUGCAUGUCUUUGUGUAUAGCCUAACGGCAGGAAGCUUACUCUGCAAAAGGACUUACUUAGCCAGAACUCUUCUAAUGCCAUUCAUUUAAAAGCAGCAUCAUAAGAAGUGCCAAGAACCCCAGCACAACCCUGCUCCCCACUGUCUCAUUGAUAGUUUGCUCCUAUUCAUUUGUAGGCAGUUGGGACAGAAUUGAGUUGCUGCUAAUAAUAUUAAUAAGGUACCAUUUAAACUAGCAAUACAAACUGUGAAUCAUGCUCAUUUUGUUUUAAAACAAUUGCUAAGCAUCGAUAUUGACAUUGUAACGAGUAGUCCUUCAACUAAAAUUUUGGCCAAGUAGUCCUCCAACUUAGACUUUGGCCAACCAUAUAUAUAAAUAUAUCAAAAUGAUUGUAGGAAACCCUGACAAUUUAUGGAAUGGAGCUCUAGGCCCAAGAAGCACUUAUGAUUGACAAGUAUAUUGAAGCUAAGAAGAGAACAGUAAAGCAUUCGCACUAUAACCUGCUCUUCCCGUACUUAGCACUUUGCCAGCCCAUCAGUAUUCCAUAUCAUAUCAAUUGAGUCUGUGCUUGUGCAUCUAUAUUUUUUUUAAUUACUGGUCUAUAAAACAUAACAUUUGUUUAGAAAAGGAAUUCUAUCUGCGCAAGUUUUAUCACCUUUUUAGUGAAAAUAUAAAUCUUUUUAAACAUUUUUUUAUGAUGAUCAUUAAAUUUGAUACAUAACA